AUGGAGCGUUCCCAUUCUUUUGGCACUUCAAUGCCUUCAAUUGCGCUGCGGUAUCCUUCCUUCGACCCCGCCGCCGACAAACACACUCUUGCACUGCCCCCCAUGUUCAAGAUGCCUGCCUACGCCUCACCACCCAUCUCGCCAUUCGACGCACAAUCCCAGAAGGAGAACAUGGACAACGGAAGCGAGCAGGGCACACUGGAUCCCCCGCUCUUUCGCAGGGAAUCGAUUACUGGCGCUCUUGCUCCAGACGUGCCUUUGUUCUCGUCGCAGCAAUCGGCCCAGGAGGCCAUCACUCAGCACAUGCAGUCUACCGACUACGCGCAUCUAGCAAACAAGCCAGCUGAAGACGAUUACAGACUCAUCGCCCAGUUCCAAGCCACAGUGUUCAAACAAGCCUUCCGGAACCCGGGCACGUACAACGCAUGGCGUGCACAAGAGCGCCGAUUCGAAGAGCGCUACAGCAGGUCCUCUGUCCAGGCUGGUGGCAUCCAGAAGCGGCCAUCACCGAAGAAGCUUGCCCCUGCACCAGCCCCCAGGUCCCGCCAGCCCAAGGUUGCCCUGCCCAAGGCCACCCCUCGCACUGCCCGCGAGCCCAAGCCCAAACGCACACCCAAAGCCCAGCUACUCAACUCAUUUGAAGAGCACAUUGGCAGUGUCUCCCCCAAGGCAGCGCGUCCGGCAACCACGCGCGAUGACCUUGACUACAACGCCAUUCCCGACUACUCGCCGCCACUGGAGUCACUCCGGGGCAAUGAGAAGAAGUUGAAGGCUGAGUGGAAGGGCAACAAGCUCGAUCUUUCCGAUGAUGCCGAUCGCCACCUCCUGCAUGAGGCUGAGCUGGAGCUCGCUUCCACGCUUCGCCUCAGCUGUGCAACGUACCUUUGCAGCAAGCGACGCGUGUUCCAGGCUCGCAUCAACGCCCUCAAGAUUGGCAAGGAGUUCCGCAGAACGGACGCUCAGCAAGCGUGCAAGAUCGACGUCAACAAGGCCAGCAAGCUCUGGCAGGCUUACGACAAAGUGGGCUGGUUUGACGCCGAGUACUUCCGUCGGUAUGCCUAG